UCCGAAAUAUCCUCACCGUCUAUUACAAAUACGACUGAUGAACCGCCCGAACCUUGGUGCGCGACCUUGCUACAAUGGGUAAUGUCAGCAGCAGGCCUGACGAUGGCUCUGCCCUCUGUCUUAGGGACCCAAACCGAUGUCCGUACUGUCAACUCUUCCCUAUUCAUUGUGGCCGUGUCGCUUACAGGCUCUUGUAGUGUCAAUUUCGUCCUUGGUGAUUACCAGCCCGAGGAAGCGCACUUCAAUCACAGUAUUCCCCAACGCGUUCCCCCCCACUCGUGUGUCUGCCUCGAGGCCAGUCGGAGAUGCUUCGCCGGUGGAAUUCGUUCAGGAUCCCGAUCCGGCAGCCACUCCAAGCUUCCUGCUGAAGCUGAGCAGCGACGACGAACUCGUCUUCACGUUCACAUUUGCCGUCCGGCAAGAUGCCGCGGGCGGCGAUACAUUAAUCAACGGAUUGACUUACGUGUAUGCUUCCAACCAUCGAGAAGUUGACAACCUCGUGACGAGAGAAUUCCACGCCGAUCCGAAUCUACACAAGAACUCGAAUGUCGAGCUCGUCGGAGAUUACAGCACAGGCGGCAGCCCAUCAGUAACAUUUGACUGGUCGUGGAAAUGGAAACCACCAAAAGCUACAGAAGAUAGAGGAAACGGCUGGAGAAACUCUUGCAGCUUUGUCGAGUAUGAUCAGAGAGGCCACCGACUAGUCACAUUGGCGAGCUUCUCCUUCUGGGUUACUGGAAAUGGGGGCUAUAUCAGCCAACCCAACUCGCCUUCGCCUGUCUUUCAACUUGCAGUGCCCCCCAAGAUACGAGUUGCGUCGGCGCAAUCAGUCGAAUCCCGCAUCAGCGAGAUCGAAGAGCCUGCGUCCCCGUUGAUGCCUCCUUCAGAGGCCUCCCCCUCGUUGCCAAUAGGCUUGCAAUCGCAGAGAGAGUCUGUAAAGGUGGACAUAUCAUGCCCUCGUCCAGCUGAAGACAUGAACUUGAGUGACGAUGGACCCGUCUUUCGUGCGACGAUGAAAGCUCUUGAGCAGAAGACAGGGAACAUGAGGACCCAUAUGAAGAAGGUCUUGAAGAAGGCGGAACAGGCCCAGACUGCACAGAAUGAGGCGAACGACGCCUUUGUCAGUUUCAUCGAUGCUCUUCGGGAAGCUUCCGCGACCAACGCCAACGCAGUACGACCAGCGCUUGAGCAUUAUUUCGACAAAAUCGCACGCGAAAUACUAGCCUAUGAACGACAAAACACAAUCAAUAUGCAAAAGAUCAUCAUUGAUCCCAUCAGCAAGUUAUACGUAUACGACAUCAAACAGGCGGAGGCAAAAAAGCGCGAUUUCGAGGAAGAAAGCAAGGAGUACUAUGCCUACGUCUCACGCUAUCUAGGACAGCGGACCGACCCGGUAAAGACCAAGAAAAUAGCGGACAGCGACUCAAAGUACCAGAACAAACGGCGAAACUUCGAACUGAAACGCUUCGACUACUCGUCAUUCAUGCAAGAUCUGCACGGGGGUCGCAAGGAGCAAGAAGUCCUCUCACAUCUCACAAAAUAUGCCAACACACAAGCGCAAUGCUUCCUCCGUGCAGCAAAGAAAGUCGAUGAACUCCUGCCACAGCUGGAAGCACUGUCCUCUGAGGUGACAGAAGCUGACAAAGAGUUUCAAUACCAAAGGCGAGAAAGAGAGGAGAAGAGGCGUGUGCUCGAGAAGAGCAACGGUACGCAGAAUGAUGGCGAGUCCACAAUGCAGGGCUCCAACCCAAUACCGGUGCCGUCACCGAAUGGCCACCAAACAAACUCGGAACCCGAGCUUGGUCGCGCAGAUAGUACUGGUUCCCAGUUGCGGGGCGUGAGCUCAAGCAACUCCGGCUCAAUGGCAGCUGCGGGUAUUGAGCUUUCGAGAUCACCAGGAAGCGUUGGACAGAGUACUAGUCCUGCUGCCACCUCCAAGUUCAGAGGCAUCCGGGAUCUUGAGGAAAGAGACAUGUCGCAGUUGACGCUCGUGGACAAGACAUCGUCGCAUCGCAAAGAAGGCCUUCUGUGGGCUCUCAAUCGCCCUGGCGCGCACGUCGAUCCUCUGUCUCUCAACAAACAGGGUUGGCACAAGUUCUGGGUCGUGCUUGAUGGCGGCCGGCUCUCCGAAUACAGCAAUUGGAAGCAGAAAUUAGACUUGCACAUGGAGCCCAUCGAUCUGCGCAUGGCCUCCGUCCGCGAGGCCAGGAAUGCCGAGCGUAGAUUUUGUUUUGAGGUGAUCACUCCUCAGUUCAAGAGGGUAUAUCAAGCCACAACCGAUGAUGACAUGGCCAAUUGGAUCCUGUCCAUCAACAACGCACUUCAGAGUGCUGUAGAACGUGGUCUCAAGGAAAAGCCUUCCACGCCAUCCAGCGGUAGCUCGUCGAGUCUCAAGAGGGACAUCGGGUCGAUUCUCACAGGCAAGAGUAUCUCGCUGAAUCAUGGACAGCACGGAGGUCACUCCUCGGCACCUGCCUACGCUUCUCGUCGUACCACGGUUGGCGCUAAGCCGGCUGGCAUGCGGCCACCAAGCAACAGCUAUGAUGAAAACCCCGAUAAGCUGUUACAAAUGCUACGCGACAACGACCAGGGCAACUGCUGGUGUGCAGACUGUGGCAGCUCAUCGAAAGUAGAAUGGGUCUCGAUCAAUCUAGCGAUAAUCCUCUGCAUCGAGUGCAGUGGUAUCCACAGGUCUCUCGGAACACACAUCAGCAAGGUCCGGUCUCUCACACUGGAUAUCACUUCCUUCACGGCCGAUAUCAUCGAGUUGUUGCUCCUAGUCGGUAACAGAGUUUCCAACAUGAUCUGGGAGGCGAAGUUGGAUGCCGAUAUCAAGCCUGGGCCCCAAGCUUCGCGUGAGCAGCGCCUCAAGUUCAUCACGGCGAAAUAUGUGGAUCGCGCCUUUGUUGAGCCCAUCUCGACGACGCUUUCUCGAUAUCCUAGUCCCGACGAGACCCUCCUGGCAGCCAUUAAGCGCAACGAGAUACAGCAGGUCAUCUACGCACUAGCUCUCAAGGCCAAUCCAAACGUGCUUGACAAGGUGCGCGGCACACAUCCCGUUUAUCUCGCACUUGCAGCAGCAGAUCCGGCCUCGCCCUCACCAAGUACCGCAAACUCCACUCCGGCAACACCAGAAAAGACCGUGCCGUUCCCGAUUGCAGAAAUGCUGCUGCAAAAUGGUGCUGAGCUCCCGGCAACUCUGCCAGCGUUCCCUUUGAGUCGAAGCGCGCAAGCGUUUGUAGAGCAGAAACGCGGCCGUGUAGCCGCAGUGGACGCGAUGGGGAGCUCAGUUACCACCACGCUGAGUCCCAGCGCCAGUGAGCGCCAACCCUCUCGUGACAAGGACCGUCUACAGAAACGUAUUAGUGCCGGGGGCAGGCUAGCGAGGUCGCCAAUCGCCGAGCGGUAGAUACGCCGGAGAUCGACGUCCUCGACUAUAUCCUCGACUGCGUCCUCCCCAUCCUCAGUUCAGACGCCGCCACAAAGACUAGUGCGGCGGAACUCGACAUACACUAGCUAGCAGCUACCCAUCAUGCCAGCUACCUCUGGUCGUUGGUGGAGAAGGACAGAUCGGCUCCUGUCGAGGACAGACUGGC